AUGGAGGUUUCAGAGAUCUGCCCGGUGUGCAACUUUGAGACAGAAACUAUUAUCCAUUGUCUUAUUUCUUGUGGUCUUGCUCGUGAUUGUUGGCAGAGGCUUGGAGUGCCGGUAAUCUCGCCAGGUGAGAGGGGGUUUAUUGAAUGGUUGGAAAAAAUAGUGGGUUGUGAUUUAGAGGUGCAAGUUGAAGAAGUGGUUGUUGUGCUGUGGCAUCUAUGGUUUAACAGAAACAAAAUUAUUUGGCGGAAUGAGAACGGGUCAGCUACUGGAAUUAUUGGUGCUGCUCGUAAUUGUCUGACGGCUUGGAGAGAAGCUCAGGUUCAAACUGGUGAAUGGGGUGGGAGACCUCACUUGGAGGAAAAAUGGGUGAAGCCGUAG